AGUUUGUCUCUUAAUUCGGCUGCUCACCCUUUGAUCAGACUAUGACCGUCGACGGCCCGAGCAAAAUUGAUGUGUCCGAGAAGGGACACGUGUUGCGCGGCAUCCCUCUGAGGAGACAAGUCAGAUGGUGUGAGGUUAGGUUCGCUGAGAAUGCCAGGAAGUCCGCUAUUGACUUGGGUCUCCCUGAUCGAGAGAGGGCCAUGCAUUGCUGCGAAUAUGGUGGGUUCCUUCUGAGCGGAUACGGUGUACAUGCUAGUGUAAAAGAAGCUCUGAAGUGGCUGAGAAUCGCAACUGGUCUUGGAGACCUGGAAGCUGCAGCAUUAGUGCAGACCUUAAGCUGCUAUGACGAUAUGGACUCUGAUUCCGAAUCGACAACUUCUAGCAGUGGUUCGGAUGAUGAUGACGAUGACAGUAGUAGCAGCAGUUACUCCGAGACGGACAUUGGAAAGCUUGACGAAGAGGAUGAUCUGCAUAAUGCCGACACCUAUGCUUCGAGCAGCAGUACAGAUUGUCUAUGUGAGUAAUAUAUUUCACCGAAGCUAUUACAGCCGUCGAGACCGUAGUACAGUAGUUAUUGUAUUUUAUUAGCUAACGACCCGGCGAUCAUUAACAGUAUAAUUAUCUGCCGUUCUUG